AUGGACAAAACCCUGGGUAUCUUCAGGCAUUCCUUUAGUCUUCUCACCAGAAGAAAUUUCAGCGCUUCUGCUAUUCCUUCUUCGACUGGAGGAGGAGGAGAAGCAACAGUAUCAGCUUUGCAGAAACCAAAGAGGAAAAAGAAGAAGAACUUAUUUGAAGUAGCUCAGUUUCUUCCUAACUGGGGAAUUGGAUAUCAAAUGGCUAAAACACAUUGGUCUGGUGUUUCCUAUCAAAUCACCAAGAUCAAUCUCUACAAGGAUGGUAAACAUGGCAAAGCUUGGGGAAUUGUUCAUAAAGAAGGUCGGCCUGCUGCAGACACUCCCAAGAAAAUAAGUGGUGUUCACAAGCGCGGAUGGAAAUACAUUCCUAACUCAAAAGGGAAAGAAGAAAACUUGAAAGUGAAAGAAGAAAACAUAGUAAAAUCAGCAGCAGAAGUUCAAACAGCUUGA